UAGAGAGAUCGUGUUAAAGUGUCAUCGCACUUGGCAUAGGAUCACAGACACAUCCAUCCUUCAUCAAUAAUGGACACAAAGACGGUCGUCCUGAUAUUCCUAGCUUUAACGACAGCAGAUGGACGUUCAGCAAACAAGAAGCAGACUGAGAUUCGCUACGACCCCACAUGGGAGUCCCUAGAUUCAAGGCCAUUACCAACAUGGUAUGAUGAAGCCAAAAUUGGAGUCUUUGUGUCAUGGGGAGUCUUUUCUGUACCAAGUUUUGGAAACGAGUGGUUUUGGGAAGGAUGGCAAGGGGACAAAAAUCCAAAAUAUGUUCAGUAUAUGCAGGACAACUAUAAACCUGACUUCACCUAUGCUGCCUUUGCAAGUGACUUCACGGCAGAGUUUUAUGAUGCUGAAGCUUGGGCUGAACUGUUUGCGGCUUCUGGAGCUAAAUACAUUGUGUUUAUAACUAAACAUCAUGGAGGGUUUUGUAACUGGGCGACUAAUGUCAGUUUUAACUGGAACUCAAUGAUGGUUGGUCCCAAGAGAGACCUUGUUGGUGAGAUGUCUCAAGCACUGAGAUCAAAGACAGAUCUGCGCCUUGGCCUGUAUCACUCCCUGUUUGAGUGGUUCAACCCUCUGUAUCUACAGGACAAGGCCAACAACUACACCACCACCAGGUUUGCUAAGGAAAAGACUAUUCCUGAGCUGUAUGAGCUUGUGAACACCUACAAGCCUGACAUUGUCUGGUCUGAUGGAGACUGGGAGGCAACAGAUAACUACUGGGGGUCCAGGGAGUUUCUGGCCUGGCUCUACAAUGACAGCCCUGUGAAGGAGAUAGUCGUCACCAAUGACAGAUGGGGAGAUGGAGACCAUUGUGAACAUGGAGGGUUCUUGACAUGCCAUGACAGGUACAAUCCAGGGGUACUUCAGCCAAGGAAGUGGGAGGAUGCGAUGACAAUUGACAAGAAAUCGUGGGGAUUCCGUCGAGAGGCGGUUCUGGAUGACUUUCUGACGAUGGAUGAGAUUAUAGCAGUGCUGGCUGAAACUGUGAGCUGUGGAGGGAACUUGCUGAUCAAUGUGGGGCCAACCAAAUAUGGCAUGAUCAGUCCAAUCUAUGAAGAGAGACUGCGUCAGAUGGGAGAAUGGCUGAAGCUGAAUGGAGAGGCUAUCUACUCCUCCAAACCUUGGGUGGCCCAGAAUGACACAGUCACACCAGGAGUUUGGUACACACAGAAAGGGGGGACGGUGUACGCCAUUGUGCUCAACUGGCCACAACCAGGUCAACUCAUCCUUGGAUCAGCUUUGCCAAAAACUGGAAUGAAAGUCAGUCUCCUUGGCUACACUGAAGGCUCUUUCUCCUGGCAGAAUGCUUCACCCAAAGGAAUCAGCAUCACAAUCCCUCCCAUCCCUGCCAACAAGAUGCCAUGUCAGUGGGCAUGGGUCUUCGCAAUGAUAUAAAUGGUUCACAGCAGGAUGGGUCUUUGCAAGGAUAUAAACAUGUGGUUAAUAACGGGAUGUGUCUUCAUUAUGACACAAAUGGUUGACAAUUAAAGGGAUGGGCCUGUAAAAUGACAUAAAUUGCUGACAGGUAAACAGAAGACCUUUUCCAUAACAUAGUUGACAUUGAGAAGUCCCAUCAAAAAUGAAUUUGCUACUUGACUUACAUUUUUGUAUUACAAAUAAAAUGCAUAUACAUGUACAGACAUUAUGACCAGAAUUUCUAUUCUUUAUUCACAACUUCUUACACAUAUUAAAUGUGUAUCUCAGAAACAUGUAAGAGCAAGGGUUAUCUCCCUUGAAUUGACAUUAUCUCCCUUGUCCAAGCCAGGACAUAAAUGGUCAACAUUAACACAAGUUAUAUAUAUAUCGUUGAUAAUGGGAUGGACCUACACAAUGACACAAAUGCUUGACAAACAAUGAGAUGAUAUACAUGGUUGACAAUUGAAUCGUGGACAUUUUCAAUGACAUAAUUUGCUUACAAAUAUCUAACGUUGGAAUUUUCCAAAUAGAAAGGUUUGCUAUUUAACUUAAAUUCAUGUGCUACAAAUGUUGUUGUUCUCAUAAUAAAAUGAAUGCUACUUCGACUGCAUAUAUGAACAUUAUAA